AUGAAAAGAUUAAUAUCGAAGUUCUUUAUUUGUAGAACAAAGGAGUAUAUAUAUACAGUAUUUGGAAAAUUUAACUUACGCUCAACGUUCCUGUUGAAGAGGUAUGUUUCACAUAUAUUGUUGGCAAGACCCUGGAUUAGUCCUUUGUGUGAAUAUGUAACGGACAUACUGCCUCGAAGUGUUGCGGUUCAUAUUUUUGGAGAUUUUAACCUUACGCAACGUUCUCAUCGUAGUAGAUUGGUGUUAAGGCAUGACACUGGAGAAAAGCUAGCACAUCCAAGGAAGGCAUACCGGUAUUAUCAUAAAGGAUACCAUCCAGGCCGUCAAAGCACGAUAGGACUACAUCGUGUCCCACAAAUGAAAUUAUUUUCAUUUAAAAUCACGAGGGGGGUCUCGUUGGUGAUGUGGUGGCAUAGCUAUAAUGUAGGUGACGAUGAGAUGAUUACCAGACAUAUCACAACGGGUCUCAGAUCCGAAAAGUCUGACGAAAAAGAAAGAAUUAAAGAAGUUUAUGAACUGUCGGAAAUCUCUAACGAAUAUUGUGCUAUUAUUGGUUACCGUGUUAGGCUUAAAGACGUAUUUAUUGCUAAAUGUGUGCCAAUUCAAUUGGUAAAAAAUGCAUUGGAUUUGAAGAAACCGAAAAUGAAGUUUGGACGAUUUGAAAAUGGUUCACGAGAGUCAAGCGAUAGCAAAUAG